AUGGGAAUCAAGUCACGGGCUGUUCAGAGGCGGAUUGAAACCGUUGGUGUUCCACCAGAUACUAUUGAAAGUAACGAGCUGAUUGUUUCUAUUUUGAAAGCUCGUGGAAAUAGCUUGUAUGAGGUCCUCGUACCACCAUCAGAGGCUACUAAGCUACAGAAAGCCCUUAGCUCGCCAGACCACGAAUAUACUGUAGAUUCCGAAGAAAGCAGAACUAUUCUUGUAGCUAUGCCACCUAAAUUCAGAAACACAAUUUUUGUGAAGCGAGGUAGUAAUGUUGUAGUUGAACUAUAUGGACCGGAAGUCCUGCAUGGUGACACAGAGUCCAAAGUUAAAGGUGAAUUUUCUAAUAUUGUCACCAAUAAGAAAGAAUGGCAGAGAUAUCCAUACUGGCCAGUUGAGUUCAAAGAAGUGCCCAAGGAUGAUUGGGGUAUCAGUAGCAGUGAAGAAGAAGACGACGGUGCAUAUUCCACUGAAGAAGAGACUGCAGAAGGGACCGAGAACUGA